UCCACUGAGAAGUAAAAUAAAAUUUAAAAAACAAUAAUGACAAUUCUCGUCUUCAUCUUCUGUUAAAACCCUAAUGGGCUAAUUUUUCAAAUUCAGAAACCACUGUCAGGAAAUUCCAAAUCUCUUUUCCCCGGCAUAAGUUGAAAUAAUAAGUGAGCAGCAAUGAUGAGAGGAACAAAGCGUUCCGCAAUCUCCGGCUCUACUCCGAUUUUCAAUUCCAACGACUCCUUCGUAAGUAUGCAGAGCAAGAGAGUAAUAAUGGGAUCGCCCUUUGAUGCGCAGAAGGUAGAACCAUCAGUGCAGCAGCCGCCGUUGGAUAUGCAGAGGGCUGAAUCAUCGAAACAGCAUGUGAGAGCUCUCAACACCCAAUUCGCAAGUUGGGUACAAGCACAAUUAGAGAAACAUCCAGAUGAGCUUUGGGAAGACGGAGUGCAGGACUACUUAAAUCAUACUAAAAGCAUCAUGGAGAAAUUUAGUGAUGUUGUUAACUGGCUGAAAGCAAAUGCCUCAAAAGGAGAGAGUUUAGGGGGGUCCCGUUCUAAUGAUGCUCAAACGAAACCCACAUCAGAAAUAGAGAAAAACAGUCCUAAAUUAUUUUUAGACAAACCUGCAUUUCCUGCAGUUACAACUGCAAGCUUUGGGUCUUCAUGGAAUCCGGGAAGUCUCUUUAACAAUACUGCUCCUUUCACAUUUGGAGGAACCCAGGUUUCUGUUCCUGGAAACGCCAAUUCAGUUCUCUCUGAUCAGGGCGGUUCAAAUGAGGCGGAUGGAGAAGAUGAUAUAGAACAACCCAGCAGUCCAUCUGUGAAAAAGAGUGAAGAGAAGGGAAUUAUCACCGUACAUGAAGUCAAAUGCAAACUUUAUGUAAAGUCAACUGAUCCGGCCGACAAAGAUGCUUGGAAAGAUAAAGGCAUGGGUCAACUUAGCAUCAAAUGCAAGGAAGGUGUUAAUAAGGGAACCAAGGAAUCUAAACCAACCAUUGUUAUACGUAAUGAUGUGGGAAAAGUGCUGCUCAAUGCUUUGUUAUACCCAGGGAUCAAAACAAACAUGCAAAAGAAUUCUGUAGUAGCAAUAUUUCAUACUACGGCUGAUGGUGACAACAACGAUGCGGUUGUUGCUCGGACUUUCCUGAUGAGAACCAAGACUCAGGAGGACCGGGAUAAACUCGCAGCUGUUAUUCAAGAAUAUGCUCCUGCAGGCUGAUACUCGGUAGCGUACAGAGUAAACCAUUUUGUUGUACGGCUAGUCCAAGAGCUCCACCACGCAUGCACACUUGGGAUUUUCCACUGGUCAGACAAGUUUCUUCUCAAAUUUUCAGGAAACAUCACCAGUAAGUCAAAGAUUUCAGGAGCCAUAACUUAAAACUCUGUGGAAGUCCGAAGAUGUACAAAUUACUUUGUAAACCUGUAUUUUACGGAGAUCAAGGAUAUGUACUGCAGAAACCACCAUUCUCCGAGUACGUUGGUUGCCUAGACGUUCUUGUUUGCAUCGAACGAUUUGUUUCUUCACUUUUGGAGCUGGGUAGUCCUGAAUGAUAUAUACUUUAUCAGCUUUACUGCAUUAAUGGAGAUUAAUACUUUUUGUC